AUGGAGCCCAAAGUCGAGGAGAAGUCGGGGAAGAAGAGGACCAGGGCCGCCUUCUCCCAUGCUCAAGUCUAUGAAUUGGAGAGACGGUUCAGUCUGCAGAGAUAUCUCUCUGGACCAGAAAGGGCCGAUCUGGCUGCAGCCCUGAAGCUCACAGAGACCCAGAUUAAGAUCUGGUUCCAGAACCGGCGAUACAAAACCAAGAGGAAGCUGAUGGCCAAGCAACAGGCGAGCAAAGCCCCGGAGACCCCGGCCAGGCAGGUGGCAGUCCGGGUCCUGGUGAAGGAUGACCAGAGACAAUACUGCCCAGAGGAGGUCCUGUGCCCAUCUCUGCUGUCACUAUACCAGGCCUACCAGUAUUACCCCCUCCUCUACCGGAUACCCUCCUGGGCCCCCCACAUCUAG